AUGGAUGAAAAUGAUGAACUAGCUCAGUUGGAAGAAUUAUUGUGUGCUGAUUUAGAUGAUAUCCCAGCUUCAAACACUGUUAAAACGCCACUUCUUACUGGAGAAGUGGAUAUCUUUAAAACAAGUAGCACUGACGUUGAAGAUGAAGAAAAACGUGUUCAGGAUCUGCCAGGCGACAUCUCUGCGAUUCAUAAUGGGGAUACAGACUCAUCAGAUGACGAAGAAAAAAGGAAUUACACUGAACGAAAGUAUAAUGACUACGGUUCUCAAGUUAAAAAGUUGCUGGAUAACAAGGAACAUGAGCAAAGAGAUAAAAGACUUCAUUUUGAAACGAGACUUCGUAAAACUAAUAUGGAUAUUAAAACUUCGCGCAACACUUUCAAAACAGUACAACCUAAAGAGCAGGUUAACAAAAACACUCUCUGUGCUCCUGAAACAAAGUCGAAACCUACUUCGGACAUAUAUACAGAUCCUAUAUUCGGUAUAAGAAUAACCAAACCUUUAAUAUCAAGUGUGGCGUUGUUAGAUCGGAUGCAAGGUAGAGAGGCUAUUAACAUGCUCAGGGUAAAACGUCAUGUAGAAAAUGAAGACCUAUCAAAAGACUGGGUGAUUGCUGGUGUUAUUGUUAGAAAAAGUGCUGCUAAAAAGUCACAAAAAGGCAACCAGUUUUUGAUUUGGACACUUAGUGAUCUUAAAGAUGACAUGAAAACUAUUUCCAUGUUUUUAUUUAGGAAAGCAUAUAAUGACUUGUGGAAGACACCCCAGGGGACAGUCGUAGCGGUGUUGAAUCCCAAUGUUUUAGACAGAUCACAGAAUAGUGCUGACCAAGCAUGUCUCAGUGUUGAAAACCCUGAUAGAGUAAUGAUAUUAGGGCAGUCUAAAGAUCUUGGUGUUUGCAAGAGUAAGAAAAAGAAUGGAGAACCUUGUACUGCUUUUGUCAACUUGACUCAAUGUGAACACUGCAUCUAUCAUGUCAAGCAAGAAUACCAGAAAUAUUCCCGAAGACAAGAAUUGCAGUCCUCAACUAUGGGCAAAGGGCUUGUUAAUUUACAGAAUAAAGUAUUAGGCAAAAACACUGUUAUUUAUGGUGGUAAAGCAUAUUCUGCUUUGCCAUCAGGCAAUACUACUAAAAUUAAAGAGAGGGACAACAAUAGAUUAAUGUCAUUGAGUGAUUAUUAUAAAUCUGAAGGUGAUAAGUUCAUGAUGAAUAAAGUACCUUAUGGAGCACAUUCUAUGAAAAUUAAUUCAGCUUUACACAGCCCUGCAACACAAAGACCUAGUGAUGCGGAAAGGUUGAACAAACUUACUAAUGGAAGUCCACAAAGUGUUUCAAACUCACAAAAUUUAAGUUUAGCAGAUAAAGUAAACAGUUCUCCCAAAUUGGGUAAAUUUGGCUUAAAGGGUAGUGGUCCAAUUGAUCUAAACAUAUCAUAUGGUCAGAAAGCAGCUGAAAGAGCUAAAGCAAAUGCAAUUAAGCUUAUUAAUCAAAGUGGUGGAUUGACAAAAUGUGACCCUAACAACAUCAAAGGAACUAAUGCAGGCAAGAAAAGACUAAUGGAAAAACUGAACUCUUCCAGUAGUGAUGAGAAUGAUUGUAAAAAAACAAAGCCUAAUGAAGAAUCUACAUCACAGCAGAUAAAACUUUUCGGUGUUAAGUCUGAAAGAUUCAAGAAGAUUCUUGAAGCAACCUCAGCACAUCAGAACUUGAUUCAACAACAUGAGAAUGAUGAGCAAGACAAAUACUUUAGUAAACUGGAACAGAAAGAAAAAAUGGAAGAGAAAAUGUUAAAUACCUUCAAGCUGGCAUGUAAAGCCGUCAGAUGUGUUAAAUGCAAAUAUACAGCUUUUUCUGCUGCACAGUUAUGCAAAGAUGAAAGACAUCCUCUGAAAGUUCUCGAUAGUUUUAAGAGAUUCUUUAAAUGUGCUGAUUGUAAUAAUAGAACUGUUUCUUUAGAGAUUAUUCCUCUGCAUUCUUGUAGUAAUUGCAAGGGCUCUCGCUGGGAGAAAGCUCCAAUGAUGAGGGAAAAGAAAGUUACUUCUCUAUCUGGGGAUUUGUCUAUUAGAGGUGAAGAGGAAUCUUAUAUAGGUGGACAAGUGACUACGGGCAAAAAUAUCAAUUUGUUGGUGCCAGAGUAA